CUGAAAACAAGACAAAAAUACUAGGUAAGAAAGUCAUUUUUUGCUGUGUAAAUUUGUAUAGAAUAGAUCAGGAAAAAAGAUAAAAUUGACUUAAUGUGGUUUUUAAAUUGAUACACUAUUCUGGAUUGAUUUAUGUAAUUGCUUUAAAUAACUGAUCCUGGUCUUUACCUGAUAAGUGUUUUAUCAUCUGUUUAUUUAAUGUCUUUUAAUGAAAAAAAUAGAUAUUUAUUCUAAAUUACAAAAAUUACAAAUUAAUUAAUUUAUAAUUCCUUAUUUUUUUUAUUAAAAAAACAUUGUUUUAAAACCAGUUAUUGUAGGAAAGGCUGUAUUUAAUUUAAUGUAACCUUAAAAAGCUCUUACUAAAUUAUAUCGGAAUUGUUGUUAAAUCUGAUCCCACAACAGACCCGCUACUUGAAGGUUACAGUAAAAGGACACAAAUAAGACAGAAAGGGGUCGUGACAUCCGUGUGCCAGUGAGAAUUGGCUCAGUCAGUGAUAAAUGGGUUUGGUUCAGGUUAAGACAGAAUAUACAAAGAUGUCAAAGGUGAAUCUACAGCUAUGUGCAACUGUUAUUGUCACUGCUGUUACUUUUAUGUACUUUUCACUUUGCAAAUCAUUGUAAAGCACUUUAAAUUACCUUUGUGUACAUAUAAAUAAACUUGCCCUGUCUUUCAUGGAGUCAUACGAAGUGCAGAAGAGGUACAAAUACAUGCAAGUAUUGAAUAAAGUUGUUUGUAACAUGUCUGUCAUAUUUUAUAAGAACAAGAACUUUGCAUUCUGUUUUUAAGUGUGGCCAACCGUUCAAACCGGUUUUGCGGUUUUGCUUUACUGAUUUUUUUUCUGUGAGUUUUGCUUUAAAACCUCUGGGCCUGUAGGGGAAGCAAGCACCACUCUCAUGCUCUUCAGAAAAUGUAAAAAUAAACUUAGUAAACCAUUAAGUUUAUAUCCCCAUCAAAGUCAUGUUGUCCAGUCAUUAUCAGUUACAGUAAAUGAGGCCUGAUAUUUGAAGAUUUCCUGGUAUCUUAUUUCCUUUUAGUCCAACAUAUAAUGCAAUCAUGAUUGAUGCAAUCUGAUCUGUCAAUCAUAAAGUGUCAGAGCAGGUCUGUGUCUCAUUAUACAACAAUGCCAAAACUGCUGUGUUGAUUGUGUGGUAGUGCCACAUUUUCACGGCUGGCUAUUGUAUUAUGGGUGUGUAUCUGUAAAUUCUUUGCAAACCUGUCCUAUUUUUAACCAGUUUCUUCAGUCACUGGAGAGAGGAAGGUCUAUAAAUGCUUUAAAUCUUUGAAUGAAUUUGUGCUUAGAGUUAGAUUUUAGUUGGGAUAUUUGCCUUUGAUGGAAACUGUUGGCACAAUGGAUGUACCCUGGAACUUUAGAUUCGGGAUAGUUAUUCUAGGAGACUCGGCGGUAGGAAAAUCAUCUCUGCUGCAUCGCUUUACUGAAGGAACGUUCGAGGAAUCCCGACAGUCUCCGCUUGGAAUCGAUUUCAAGGUUCAUAAUAUGCACUUUGACCCUGAUAUUGUCAUCAAACUGCUUUUGUGGGAUACUGCGGGUCAGGAGAGAUUUAGGUCCAUCUGCAAGUCUUACAUGAGGAACUCUGUGGGUUGCGUUCUGAUGUUUGACAUCUCACAGCGCCAGACGUUCGACCGUGUGGUGAUUUGGCAUCAGGAGGUUCUGGAUUACGUGAAACCAAACCCAAUGUUCUUUUUGCUCGUGGGUCAUAAAAGUGACCUGGCCAUAGGACGGCAGGUCAGAAAGAGUGAAGGAGAUGCUUUGGCCAAAAAACUCAACAUGGUGGCUUAUCUUGAAGUGUCUACAAAAGAAAAUAUUAACGUGUAUGAAACAUUCGAGGCCCUGACCAUAGGCAUAUAUAACUUCUUCCAGAAAGGGAAAAUAACCCCACGGGAUGACUGGCAUGGGUUAACGGUUGGGGCUCCCAUUGGAAAUGAGCCACAGGUCACCGAAAAAUCCACCUGUUGCAAUUUUGGAUGAGAAAUUUUGGACUGCAACCAAAGCUUCUUAUGCACAUACAUAGUUACACAGUACAUUUAAACAUGCAUCUUGUACUAAAUGAGUAUUGAACAGCAUGUCAGAGAUAAAGCACAGAAGUAAAGUCUUAAAGGCACAGCGGUGAAAUAAAGUGUUAACGGCUGUCUUGAACAAAGAGGAAAUGACAGUGUUACAUAAAGGAACUAAAACUGAAUGGGAUUGUAUUUCUCAAGCUUUGGUUUAACAAAACACCAGGUGCUUACACAAUUGCCAAGUUUCAUUAUUUCGAAAAUCAUUAUUUGUGCAAUAUCUGGGUUCAAGGUUUUGUGAGGGAAAAUAUUAUAUAUACAAGACUGCAGGAUGCAAGACAUAAAUUAUUGACAAAAUAUAUAAAAAUGAAAAUCAUUCUGUGUCCAUAAAUAACUUUAAUAAAUAUACUUUUUUGCUAUUUACUGGACAGCCUUCAGUAUCACAGCAUCAUCAACACAGUUCAUAUUUCUCAUAAAUUUCAUUUACUUAAACUAAAAGACCAGUCUAUCACAAAACCACACUCAUUUCAGUCACAUUUUAUUGUAUUAAAAUGACAAAGAUACAAAAUUUAAGCAUUUGUUCUUGUGUACAUUUGUAUCUUGUUCAUCUGUGGAUUCUGUACAAUAUAUAUAAGCUUUGUAUCAUUUCCAUUAACAAAAACCUUAGAUGUCACAUAAAAUAGAACAAAAAUACAUUUUAACUCAACGUGUUAUGUAUCGAAUGUGAAAAACAAUCUGACACAUUCCAUAAAUCCAUAAAGACAGAAAUAAGAAAUGAAUAAUUUGGAGACCAAGUUGUCCAAAUUUUAAAGAGAUGACUGGAUUUGUGUAACUUUAACAAUCCGAUGUUUCACAUAUAGCUUACAGUACGAUAAUGAAUCGAGUUAUGAAAUAAAAUGAAAUUAUGCUGCUAUUUACCCUGAUUUGCCUUAUACACGCCAUGAACACCGUGUAUAUCGGACAGCUGAUGUUUAUUAUUAAAAUAUAAGAGUUACAGGUUGAAAAAAACAAACAAACAAACUAAACAAAAACUAGAAAGCCCCUUACUGUUUUAAUUUUAAGACCUGCAUCAUAAAGUAAAAUCAUAAAAUAACGAAAAAACAAACUGAUUUUUUUGCUGGUGAUUAUUGAAGAGCAGCCUAUGAUGUCACAUCCUGUCACCAAAUGAGACGACAGAAAAACACGAUCACAACAGCAGCAUCUCAGUUCACACAAAACACAUGUUAUAAAGAAACAUCAAAUAUAAAUGAAAAUGUUUAUAUACCCGAAUCUUCAGAUCAAAGCAUCAACUAUUGUAUGGCACACCCAUGCAAAUUUACACAGACAAUUGUUGUUAAUCUAAUAAUCUGUUGUGGGUCUCUCUCUCUCUCUCUCUCUCUCUCUCUCUCUCUCUGACUCUCUCUCUCUCUCUCUCUCUCUCUGACUCUCUCUCUCUCUCUCUCUCUCUCUCUCUCUCUCUCUUUCUCUCUCUCUUCAUAUAAAACUGUAAAAGCUACUACAACACAUAUCGAAGAUAUCUAUACACUUUCAUAUUUCAUACAGGUUUAGACAACACUUCACAGAAAUAAAACUAUGGUUUUCAAUCAUUUGUUUUAACAUUCAAAUUAACUAAAUAACAUUAAUACAUCCAUAGAUCCAAUUGAAAAAGCAUCCUUUCUCUAAAAACCUAAGCUACAAAACUUUUCAAGCACAUAUUUCAGAAUAUAAACUCUGACCAGACAACUAAACUAACUUUCACGAAAUAUCCUUACAAACACAUCGACGGCUACCAUUACUGUAAAAUCACACGUCAAAUGUGUCUUGUAUUAACUAUUCCUCUUUAUUUUUUUUUUACAUUUUGCUUGGGCUCAUCCUCUACAACUUAGCCAACAAAUAGUUAAAAGUCUGUAGUUAUCACGUUAUAUUUUGGUCUCACAAAAUAAAACUCUUACGUUGUCCUCAAACAAACAAAAGGAUCACUGUUUAACAUUUAUAACUUAUUUAUGUCAGAUGUCAACUUCAGCUUUUGUACCACAAAACAUAAUAUUGUUUGCAAAAACAUAAAGGGUGUAUGGAAACAUACUUACAAUGUAUGCAAGUUUAUAUAUGUCAACACGUUUGUUUAUUUCAAGUACAUUUAAAAAAAAAAAACUUAAAUUCUUUAAACCUCAGAUUUUGAAGAACUGCCAAAUAAAAAGUAUAAACAAACAUAUCUGUUAAAUAAAUAUAUAAGUCUCUGUAUGUAUUGUUUGUGUUCAUUCAGAUGUGCUUACAGAUUGUUACAUAAACACACAAAACAUUCAGUUUCACAUUCCACAAGGAUGCAUAUAGCAAAUCUAGGUUUCUUAUAGCAAUGUCUUAAAUACUGGAAACCUUUUAACACGCCACACUUUUGAGAGCCCUGCUUGAGUUACUGUAGAUGUGUUUGCAUGGUGAGAGCUUACAACAUACUUACACCAUAAAACCUAGAUAACUGUCUGAGGCCAAUAAAGAGUUAAACAAGUUUCAAUAUUCAAACAGAACCAAUCAAAGUGUUUUAAAUAUUACAAAUACAAUCUACUCUUUAUUCAAAUCCCAUAUCAUCAAUAGGCUACCAUGAAAUCACACAAAGUUAUCUUCAUGCACUACAGUAUCUGAUAUCACACUUCUGUAUCAUAUUAUCAUAGAGGGUAUAAGACAACAAACGAAAUAUGCCAAAAUAUGUCACUUCUACCCAAUCUGAUUUAUAGCAAGAAUUUAUAUGGGAAUAAAUUCUGUUUAACAUGCAAUUUACCUUGUGCCGUAUUUUUCAGUCUUUCACAAACUUAUUUUAUUUUGUCCCAUCAGUCUUGAUUAAAUAUGAAAUAUAUAUUUUCUUUACAUUUGAAGUACUGUGUUUUAAUAUUCAUGUAUCAUCUUUGUCCUCCACCACCACUAAUGGCCAUAUUUUAAAACAACAUUCUUACUGUUUGGAUACCAAAGAAUAUGAUAUAUAGAUGAUAUACACUCACUUAAAGGAUUAUUAGGAACACCAUACUAAUACUGUGUUUGAUGCCCUUUCACCUUCAGAACUGCCUUAAUUCUACAUUGCAUUGAUACAACAAAGUGCUGAAAGCAUUCUUUAGAAAUGUUGGCCCUUAUUGAUAGGAUAGCGUCUUGCAGUUGAUGGAGAUUUGUGGGAUUCACAUUCAGGGCACGAAGCUCCCAUUCCACCACAUCCCAAAGAUGCUCUAUUGGGUUGAGAUCUGGUGACUGUGGGGGGCAUUUUAGUACAGUGAACUCAUUGUCAUGUUCAAGAAACCAAUUUGAAAUAAUUUGAGCUUUGUGACAUGGUGCAUUAUCCUGCUGGAAGUAGCCAUUAGAGGAUGGGUACAUGGUGGUCAUAAAGGAAUGGACAUGGUUAGAAACAAUGCUCAGGUAGGCCAUGGCAUUUAAACGAUGCCCAAUUGGCACUAAGGGGCCUAAAGUGUGCCAAGAAAACAUCCCCCACACCAUUACACCACCAGCCUGCACAGUGGUAACAAUGCAUGAUGGAUCCAUGUUCUCAUUCUGUUUACGCCAAAUUCUGACUCUACCAUCUGAAUGUCUCAACAGAAAUCGAGACUCCUCAGACAAGGCAAAAUUUUUCAGUCUUCAACUGUCCAAUUUUGGAAAGCUUGUGCAAAUUGUAGCCUCUUUUUCCAAUUUGUAGUGGAGAUGAGUGGU